AUGAAGCUCGACACACAUGCGAUACGGUACCUCACGGGUGAGGACUGGCGCGUCCUUACUGCCGUAGAAAUGGGCAGCAAGAACCAUGAAGUCGUCCCUACAACAUUGAUCGUGCAAAUAUCUGGCCUGAGAGGUGGGAGUGGGGUUAACAAGUGCAUAUCGAACCUGGCAAAGGUGGGACUCGUUGCGAGGGUUAAAAACGCAAAAUAUGAUGGCUACCGGCUGACGUACGGUGGAUUGGAUUACCUCGCGCUAAACACAUUCUCGAAGCGGAAGAGCGUUUAUUCUGUUGGUAAUCAAAUUGGUGUUGGGAAGGAGUCCGAUAUUUAUGUUGUUGCCGACGAGACGGGCGCUCGGAAAGUUCUCAAAAUUCACCGAUUGGGCAGGAUUUCCUUCCGCACCGUAAAGGCUAACCGUGACUACCUCCGUAACCGACAUAGUGGUAGUUGGAUGUACAUGUCGCGCCUGGCAGCGCUAAAAGAAUACGCGUUCAUGAAGAUCCUGCACGAGAACAACUUUCCGGUUCCGGUCCCACUAGACCAAGCUCGUCACUGCAUAGUAAUGACACUAAUCGAGGCUUUUCCCCUUCGUCAAAUCUCAACAUUAACAUCACCCUCAACGCUUUAUGCAAAGCUCAUGGAACUCAUUCUACGGUUUGCCUCUCAGGGACUUAUCCAUGGUGACUUUAACGAGUUCAACAUCCUUGUACACGAGGAUACGCAGGAACCCGUUAUCAUCGACUUCCCCCAGAUGGUCAGCGUGGACCAUGCUAAUGCCAAGGAAUAUUUCGAGAGGGAUGUCAAGUGUAUCAAGGACUUUUUCAAAAAGAGGUUCAGGUAUACCGCUGACGACGACGGGCCGUUUUGGGGUGAUGUUAGGAGGGUUGGGAAGUUGGAUGUGCUUGUUGAGGCGAGUGGGUUUUCGAAGAAGCAGGCCAAAGAGUUGGAGAAGUAUAUGAAGGAAGUAGCUCCGCUGACAGAUGAUAACGAAGCAGGGGAUGCUACAGAAGGCGGUGAGGGUACUGAGGACGAUGGCGAAGGCGAGGGUGGGGAAGAAGAGGAAGAAGGCGAUGGCGAAGAAGAGGAAUCGGAAAGGGCGAUUGAAGAAGCUAGGGAACCAAUGAUUGGUGAGGACGGGAAGGAACUGUUAGAUGCUCUGGGAAAUACUCGUAUAUCAUGAUUACAGCAACAUAACUUGGUGUUACGGGGUAAAAAUCCAAGCGGUGUUCACGAUUGUAUGGUACAGUACGAGUAGUUCUACCGGUGGUGCAUCACAGCUUAUUGGUGGGUGUGCAAAUAUAUCACAAUCUAGAAUUUUGGCGACUAGCAGCUUCCGCACCA